UUACAGUAAGGAGGAUGGCUUCGAGCUAAAGCUCUCCCCAUUUGAUCCCAUUCGAGUUGAAGCUAAAUAUGCGGACUCCGAGAAAAUGGGCUUUAAUUUGAUAUUUUAUUUGUUUAAAUACAUGUUUUAUAACAAUAAAGAUAUGACACAACAGAUGAAACACUUGAAGACAUCACUUGAGACCACAGAUGACGGCAAUGAAGACAACAGACAACAGACACAACUGUUUGCGAAGAACUCAAUGGACAGAUUCGGUGAUGAUUUGUGUGCACUUCUUGUGUCUUAUAUCUCACUCGAAGAUCGGUUUCGAUUGGAAUGUGUGUCCAAACAGUUCCAGAGGACAGUCUUCGGGAGUGUUGUGGACAUCACUCUUAGCGAUGAAUUUAUUAUUUAUUUAAUGUCGGGAACAUUAAUUAACACCCAAUUGUUGGCCACAAUUGCCAGAAAGUUUACAAACAUUGGGUCCAUUGACUGCAGAGAAAUAACUUAUGGAUUCUAUGGAAAAAUUUCCCACAUGUUGAAAACAUUUCGUGACAAUUGCCGACAUUUGCGUGAAAUAUACGCAACGAUAUGGCAAAUGCAUAGCCAAUGGAUGCAUCCGUUUGAAUCACUGGUCACAACAAUUAGUUAUACUCAACGAGAACCCAAUUUAAGAUAUUCACUCACAACGUAUUGGUCACAAUUAGUCAAGAAUUUGCAUACAAUUGAGUUAAACGACUAUUCGGCCCAAAAUAACCGACUGUUGGCCGCAUUCGCCGCACAGAAUCAGUCCAUCAGAUCUGUUGUCUUCUACUCAUUUGAACGUCCAAUUGAGAGCACUUUAGUUGCAUUCGAUAUCUCAAGACUACCGGCGCUGCAAACACUGGUCGUUGAGUUCCCGACCGAUGGCUAUAAUUUCAAUGAUAAUGCUUUGAAUGCUGUGUUGUCUUCGAGUCUAAAACUCAAGACAAUUGAAAUCCGUGUAAACAAUGAGAAGAAGUUUUAUUCAAAA